AUGGCCGACAGUCCAGGAGGGAAGGAAAGAAGGGUUGUGCCGGUCGAGGAGGAGGAAGCCUCCGGUCCUAAUGGUGGCGUGGCUGAGACAAAAGGCCCUAAACAUGCCGAGACCGAGACCGAGACCCGCGAGCAACCUGCCGCCGGUCCGAAACCCGGGCAGGAGGAGCAGCAGCACGAGGCCGGAGGCGAGUCAUCAACAGUCGCUCCGGCUCCAGCCGACGCGUUACCGCAUUGGACGCAACCGGCCUGUCAUCCCUUGCAGAAUUACGAGGAAGAUUUUGACGAGGAUGAUGAUAACGACUCGGCGCUUGGUGACGACGGUGCAAGUUCUACAGCGUCGUUGUCGGCCAGUAUACUGGAGUAUAGAACCAUACACGGACGGACUUAUCAUAGCAACAUAGGUAAUGCCGAGUACUGGGGACCUAAUGAUGACCGGCAACUCGAGUCUAUGGAUCUUAGCCACCACGCCUUCACUCUGUUGUUAGAAGACAAGCUCUUCCUGGCCCCGAUACCAGACGAUGUGCAAAAGGUGCUCGACGUCGGCACGGGAUCUGGAAUAUGGGCCAUCGACUUUGCAGAUAAGUACCCCCAAGCCGAGGUCAUCGGCACCGACCUGUCGCCCACGCAGCCCGGCUGGGUACCCGCCAACGUAAAAUUCGAGGUCGACGACGCCACGCUCGUGUGGACCUUCAGGCCUAACGUGUUUGAUUUCGUGCACAUGCGGGACCUGUUCGGGUCGAUACAGGACUGGAACAGCUUGUACAGACAAGCUUAUAAAUGCAUCAAACCCGGGGGCUACAUCGAAGACUUCGAGUGCAGCGUCGUCAUCAGCAGCGACGACGGGUCCGUGGCGCCCGGCAUGGCCUGCUACGACUGGGGCCGCAUCUUCCACGAGGCCGGGCGGAAGAUGGGCCGACCGAUGGACGUGGUGGAGCGGGGCAUCGUCCCCGCCGGCUUGAAGGCCGCCGGCUUCGUCGAUGUCGUCGAGAGGAGAUACCGGCUGCCGCUGACGGCAUGGCCCGCGGACAAGCGGCUCAGGGAGGUGGGGGCGAUACAGCAUUGGGCGGCGCAGGAGGGGCUCGAGGGAUACGCCAUGUACCUCCUAACCCAACAGCUCAAAUGGGCCCCCGAGCGAGUCCAGCUUCUGCUGGCUUGCAUACGGAAGGAACUCCGAUCCAACAAGCUGCAUCCAUACGCCUGGGUCCAAGUCACGUACGGGAGGAAACUGGAGGUAGGUGAAUAG